AUGUAUCCAUUGAAUAUUACAUCAGCUGUUCCUACCUCACCACCAAACAAUAUUAAUCGAUGUCGUAUAUCAGAUGCUCGUCGAUCCGUCACGUAUCAUCCAUCUGUUUGGGGAAACCAUUUUCUCAGAUACACUUCUCAUGUAAUUACCGAAAUAUCUGUUCCGGAAAAGGAAGAGCUCGAAAGACAGAAAGAAACGGUGAGGAAUUUGCUGACGGCAGCACAAAUGGAAGAUGAUUCAUUAGUUCAUAAAUUGCAACUCAUUGAUGCAAUCCAACGGCUAGGAGUGGCUUAUCAUUUCGAAGACGAAAUCGAAAAAUCCUUGCGCCGCAUGUACGAUGGCGGCGAGGACAACAUCAAUAAUAACGAUCUCCAUUUUGUUGCUCUUCGUUUUCGUUUGCUUAGACAACAAGGUCACCAUGUGCCAUGUGAUGUGUUCAACAAAUUCAUCGACGAAGAAGGGGAUUUCAAGGAGUCAAUAACAGCAAAUAAUGUGCAAGGGGUUUUAAGCUUAUACGAGGCGGCUCAUCUUGCGAUAGACGGUGAGGAUAUUCUCGACAAAGCGAUCUCGUUUUGCACGUCUUUUCUCGAGUCGUAUUUGGUCGAUCAAAAGAACAAUAAUAUUUAUCUUGCUAAACAAGUUAGUGAGGCUUUGGAUAACCCAAUUCACAAAAGCGUGAUUAGAUUGGGAGCCAGGAAAUUCAUUUCUAUUUACCAAGAAAACGAAUCCCACGAUAAAACACUGCUGAACUUCGCGAAAUUGGACUUCAACAUCGUACAGAAGAUACAUCAGAAAGAGCUCGGCGAUCUUACUAGGUGGUGGAAGGAUUUAGACUUUGCAAAUAAGUUGCCAUUUGCAAGAGAUAGAAUGGUGGAAUGCUAUUUUUGGAUAUUAGCAGUCUAUUUCGAGCCGAAAUACAAUGUUGCAAGAACAAUACUAACCAAAAUAAUUGCUUUGGCUUCGAUUGCUGACGAUAUUUACGAUGUCCACGGAACCCUAGACGAACUCGAGCUUUUCACUGAUUUCAUCCAAAGUUGGGAUGUUACUGCAUUGGAGCAAUUGCCUCGACAGUAUAUGAGAAUAUAUUCCAGAGCCCUCUUAGAUGUUUAUGAUGAGAUUGAAGAUGAAAUGACAAAAAUAGGCACAUCAUACCGUCUCCACUAUGCUAAUGAAGAGAUGAAAAAACUGAUGAGGGCAUAUUUGGAAGAAGCGAAAUGGUGUUACAGUAAUUACACGCCAAGUACGAUGGAAGAGUACAUGAAGGUGUCACUCGUAAGCGCUGGAUAUAUGAUGGCGUCUACGCUAUCGUUGGUUGGUAUGGACGAAAAUACAGUCACAAAUGAACACUUUGAUUGGAUCACAUCUGAACCGUUGAUCGUACGAGCAUCAAGCACCGUCGCCAGAUUAAUGGACGACAUCGUAGGAUAUGAGUGUGAAGAGAAAAUAUCAGCAGUGGAUUGUUACAUGAAGGAAAACGGUUGCUCGAAAACGGAAGCUAUUGCGGAGCUUGGAAAGCAAGUGAAGACAGCAAGGAAGGAUAUAAAUAAAGAGUGCAUUAGUACUACGGCCUCCGAUCUCCCAAUCGUUUUGCGUGUUCUUAAUCUCACUCGUCUGAUCGAUCUUCUCUACAGUGGCGAAGAUGGAUAUACCAACUCCAAAACGAAGACGAAAGAGAUUAUAAAAAGUGUACUCGUUGAGCCUCUUUCGAUUAAUUGA